GAAGCUGCAUCCCGGUGCGGCUGGUUGUCGCGUCGCCGCCGCCUGCGCCGCCGAGUCUGCCUCCCCGCCCCCUCCCCCACGGCCGGGCUGCCCCGAGUCGGAAUGAGCUCCAGGAAAGUGCUGGCCAUUCAGGCCCGAAAGCGGAGGCCGAAAAGAGAGAAACAUCCGAAAAAGCCGGAGCCUCAACAGAAAGCUCCUUUAGUUCCUCCUCCUCCUCCACCACCACCACCACCACCACCACCACCGCCGCCGCUGCCAGACCCAGUGCCCCCAGAGCCAGAAGAGGAGAUUCUGGGAUCAGAUGAUGAGGAGCAGGAGGACCCCGCAGAUUACUGCAAAGGUGGCUAUCAUCCAGUGAAAAUUGGAGACCUCUUCAAUGGCCGAUACCAUGUCAUUAGGAAGCUAGGAUGGGGGCACUUUUCUACUGUCUGGCUGUGCUGGGACAUGCACGGGAAAAGAUUUGUUGCAAUGAAAGUUGUAAAAAGUGCCCAGCAUUAUACAGAGACAGCCUUGGAUGAAAUUAAACUGCUCAAAUGUGUUCGAGAAAGUGACCCCAGUGACCCAAACAAAGACAUGGUAGUCCAGCUAAUUGAUGAUUUCAAGAUUUCAGGCAUGAAUGGGAUUCAUGUCUGCAUGGUUUUUGAAGUACUUGGCCACCAUCUCCUCAAAUGGAUAAUCAAAUCCAACUAUCAAGGCCUCCCAGUACGUUGUGUGAAGAGUAUCAUUCGACAGGUACUUCAAGGGUUAGAUUAUCUACACAGUAAAUGCAAGAUAAUUCAUACCGACAUAAAGCCAGAAAACAUCUUGAUGUGUGUAGAUGAUGCAUAUGUGCGAAGAAUGGCAGCCGAGGCUACUGAGUGGCAGAAAGCAGGUGCUCCUCCUCCUUCUGGGUCUGCAGUGAGUACAGCUCCACAACAAAAACCUAUGGGAAAAAUAUCUAAAAACAAAAAGAAGAAGCUGAAAAAGAAACAGAAGAGGCAGGCUGAGUUGCUGGAGAAACGCCUGCAGGAGAUUGAGGAAUUGGAGCGAGAAGCUGAAAGAAAAACCAUAGAGGAAAACAUUACUGCUGCUGUACUAUCCAAUGAGCAAGAUGAUGGGUAUCACCCAGAAGUGAAACUAAAGGAAGCAACAUUAGAGGAGGCGGCUGAAGGAGAGAGAGCAAAGGAUAAUGGUGAAGCUGAAGACCAGGAAGAAAAGGAAGAUGCAGAGAAGGAAAAUGCUGAGAAGGAUGAAGAUGAUGUUGAACAGGAACUUGCAAACAUAGACCCUACAUGGAUAGAACCCCCUAAAGCCAAUGGCCAUAUUGAAAAUGGUCCAAUUUUAUUGGAACAGCAACUGGAGGAUGAAGAGGAUGAUGAAGAUGACUGUGGAAAUCCUGAGGAAUAUAACCUAGAUGAGCCAAAUGCAGAGAGCGAUUAUACAUAUGGCAGCUCCUGUGAACAGUUCAAUGGUGAAAUGCCAAAUGGACAACAUAAGAGUCCAGAGUUUUCCACAUCCUUGUUUUCUGGGCCCUUAGAACCUGUGGCCUGUGGCUCUGUGCUUUCAGAGGGAUCACCACUUACUGAGCAAGAGGAAAGUAGCCCAUCCCAUGACAGAAGCAGGACAGUUUCAGCCUCUAGUACUGGAGAUUUGCCAAAAACAAAAACCCGGGCAGCUGACCUAUUGGUGAACCCUCUGGAUCCACGGAAUGCAGAUAAAGUCAGAGUUAAAAUUGCUGACCUGGGAAAUGCUUGUUGGGUGCAUAAACAUUUCACAGAGGACAUCCAGACACGUCAGUAUAGGUCCAUAGAGGUUCUGAUAGGAGCUGGCUACAGCACACCUGCAGACAUCUGGAGUACAGCUUGCAUGGCAUUUGAGCUGGCAACUGGAGACUAUUUGUUUGAACCGCAUUCUGGGGAAGACUAUUCCAGAGAUGAAGACCACAUAGCCCACAUCAUAGAGCUGCUAGGCAGUAUCCCAAGGCACUUUGCCCUGUCUGGAAAAUAUUCUCGGGAAUUCUUCAAUCGCAGAGAUCACAUAGCAUUGAUCAUUGAACUGCUGGGGAAAGUCCCUCGAAAAUACGCUAUGUUGGGGAAAUAUUCCAAGGAGUUUUUCACCAGAAAAGGAGAACUUCGGCAUAUCACCAAGCUGAAGCCCUGGAGCCUCUUUGAUGUACUUGUGGAAAAGUAUGGCUGGCCCCAAGAAGAUGCUGCACAGUUUACAGAUUUCCUGAUCCCGAUGUUAGAGAUGGUUCCAGAAAAAAGAGCUUCAGCUGGCGAAUGCCUUCGACAUCCUUGGUUGAAUUCUUAGCAGAUUCUACAAAUAUAGCAUUCUGAGCUAGCAAAUGUUUCCUCAGUACAUUGGACCUAAACUCUCAUUCUUUAACAGGAUCACAAGUGAGCUGGCUCUACCCUCAGACCUUUGUUUUGCUUUGAGGUACUGUUUGACACUUUGCUUCCUGGGCACCAUGAUCCUGGGGAAGGGUAGUCUCUGUCUUCAGCUAAGUAGUUUACUGGCCAUUUUCUUCUGGAAACAAUAACAUGUCUCUAAGCAUUG